CAGACAGUUUCAGAGGGGAGAGGGUGGAGGAAGGGUCUGGGGUGAAUGCAGAGAAUGCAUCUGGUUCAGGAUCAGGGUCCAUGGCUGAUCUUGAGUCAGAUGUAGAAUUGGUGACGGUCUUGAGAGGCGAUAAAGUCCUGUCUAUCAAUUUAACCGCCGAUGUUUUUAAUAUGAAUGGGACUCUUCACAUCAAUGCGUCUGACCCGCCAUGUCUCCCCACGCCCUCUGAUUGGCCCAUUUGCUCAGGCAAACAGCCAAAGUUUCUUACGCUGCCCAACUUUUUCAACCACACAUCUGUGGAAGAGGUGGGGGCGUUCCUCAAGGAGUGGGCGUGGCUAACUAGGGUGGGGUGUCACCACGGCACAGAGUGGUUCCUCUGCCUCCUGCUGGCGCCUGGGUGCCCUUCUCCCCUUGCUCCCCCACCCCUGCCCUGUCGCAGCUUCUGCCACGUCCUGCGGGACAGCUGCUGGGCUUCCCUGGAGAACGGGCGUCUCCCGGUGGAGUGUGGCCUCCUGCCUGAGAGAGCGCAGGAGCGAGGGCGUCCUGCAUGUGUGUCAUUUAGUAACCAGAAAGAGGAAAGUGGCAUCACCUUGCUCCAGCUGAUCGGAGACCCUCCACCAGCUGACAUCACCAGGGCGUAUGGGCCGAGGGGGGAGACCGCCUAUGUCUUCACACCUGCGGCGGUGUCGGGCCAGCCAGCUCUGGUCCACGUCCCCAACCCUUUCUACCGCCACUUCUCCCUCCUCUUCCACAUCAAGCCCUCCACUCCCGCCGCCUCCGUCCUCUUCUCCAUCACUGACGGGCCGCAGAGGCUCAUGUACGUCGGCGUCAAGCUCAGUGAGGUGCAGUCCGGCCGUCAGAAGUUGCAGUUCUUCUACACCGAACCCGACUCUGAGGCUUCGUACGAGGCGGUCAGCUUUGACGUGCCAAGCAUGGUGGACACCUGGAGUCGGUUCUCGCUGUCUGUGUUUGAGGAGCAGGUUACCUUCUACCUGGGCUGCGACUCUGAGCCUCGUGUGGUGCGGUUUGAGCGCUCCCCGGACCCCAUGGAGUUUGACGCAGGGGCGGGGAUCUUUGUGGGUCAGGCAGGAGGAGCCGAUGCUGACAAGUUCCAGGGGGAGAUGGCAGAGCUGAAAGUGGUGGGAGACCCUCAGGCAGCUGAGCGCCUGUGUGAUGACGAAGACGACUCCGACGCUGCCUCUGGAGACUUUGGUAGCGGUGACGGCGAGAGGAGAGAGACGGGACACACCGUGAGGACCACCCCCGCCCCCUCCCGUCCAGUACCUGAGCCCCCACUCACAUCCUCACAGGGAACCAGAGUGAAGGAGACAGAUGUCAGGUAUCAGCAGCCAUCGGUGGACUACGGCCGGCCUGGAUCACCAGGCCCAAGAGGUCCCAAUGGUGCUAAAGGUGAGAAAGGUGACAGAGGAGACAAAGGGUCAAAGGGGGACGAAGGCCCCGCAGGACCAAAGGGAGAAUCAGGGUCCAGCUUUGGCUCUGGUGUCUCCUCUCAGGGCGGAGGACGAGGAGAGAAGGGUGAAAAAGGUGCAAAGGGAAGUUCUGGCUUUGGAUACCCUGGAAAUAAAGGAGAAAGUGGUGCUCAGGGGCCUCCCGGGCCCCCUGGCCCUCCCGGCCCUGCAGCUGAGGUGGUCCGACUCGGGGAUGGCUCUGUUGUGCAGCAGGUGGCUGGACCCCCCGGACCUCCAGGAUCGCCAGGGUUGGACGGCGCCAAAGGACCUCCAGGAGCUGAUGGAGAGCCUGGUGACCCAGGAGAGGACGGAAAAGCUGGCCCAGCUGGUCCACAAGGUCCCCCAGGAAAUCCAGGAACACUUGGUGCCAAAGGCCAAAAGGGCGACCGUGGAGAGGGUCAACCAGGACCUAGAGGACCCCCAGGUCCACCAGGACCUCCCGGACCUGGCACUGGUGAUCGCCCAACGUUUGUUGACAUGGAGGGCUCUGGAUUCCCAGACCUGGACAAAAUCCGGGGUCCCCGCGGUCCUCCCGGUGUCCCAGGUCCUCCUGGCCCUCCUGGGAUCCCUGGUAAUUCAGUGGCACUGGGACCCAAUGGUCCCAUAGCCUUUGGACCACCUGGACCACCUGGACAAGAUGGAGUACCUGGUCUGCCAGGCCCCCCAGGUCCACCUGGUGUACCUGGUCAAGCCGGAGUCAGAGGACAGAAGGGUGACUGCGCUGAGCUCGGGCUUCCAGGAGCAGCUGGAGAAAAGCGAGACACACAAGGCUCCAACUUUUUCACCGGCCUGUUCUCUUACUUUACUCCAUCCAACGGGUCGCAGGGUUCUCAGGGUGACCCAGGACAGGUUGGUCAACCAGGGCAGACAGGGCUUGCAGGGCUUCCAGGUCCGAUGGGACCAGUUGGACCUCCAGGACCUCCAGGACCACCGGGACCACCUUACCGUGUUGGACAUGGUGACCAUGAUGGAUACGAGUCGAUCAGUGGCUUGCCUGGAGUCAGCGGCCCACCUGGACCACAGGGUCCUGCUGGUAUCGCAGGUCUACCUGGUAAGCCUGGUCUGCCAGGUAGCCAUGGAGACAAGGGAGCGGAGGGACCAAGAGGACCAGCUGGGAUCCCAGGCGUUGACGGGUUCCCUGGACAGUCGGGUCAAAAAGGAGACAGAGGAGAGAAGGGAGAGAUGGGUCUUCCAGGGCGAGACGGUGGACCACCUGGACCUCCAGGACCUCCCGGAACUCCAGGACAGAUCAUCUACCAGAACACAGGGGAUUAUAACGACGUAUAUUGGAACGAAGGGUGGCAGGGAGGACCGGGUAUUCCAGGUCGGGCAGGAUUCCCGGGGCCUGUGGGACCAAAAGGAGACAAAGGAGAUUCUGGUCCUCCAGGAUAUGCACCUAAAGGACAGAAAGGAGAGGCUGGUGUCAUUAUGGGGCCUGAUGGCCAACCCAUGUACCUGGGUGGCCUGGCAGGACAGCCGGGUGAGAUGGGACCUCCCGGCCCUGUGGGACCCUCAGGUUCACAUGGCCCUGAAGGUCAGAAGGGAGAGAUCGGGCUCCCGGGCCGACCGGGUCGGCCGGGGCUGAACGGCGUCAAAGGAGAGAAGGGAGAUUCAGGCACUGGAUCCGAAUAUGGAUACCCUGGUCCUCCAGGUCCACCAGGCCCCCCUGGACCUCCUGGAGCUGCUGUUCCCAUCGACAGACUCAGAGGAUAUGACGAUUACUCCAGAUAUAACCCCGCUGUUAAAGGAGAGAAAGGUGACCGUGGACUACCAGGGAUUCCAGGUCUUGGGUCGAACUAUGACAUCUACACUUUAAAGAAUGAGUUGAAAGGUGAAGUUGGAAGUCCUGGCUUGAAAGGAGAGAAAGGAGAACCGGGAGGAGGAUAUUAUGACCCCCGCUAUGGAGGGAGUCAUGGAGCCCCAGGAGUGCCUGGACCCCCGGGCCCUAAAGGUGACUCCAUCGUUGGACCACCAGGCCCUCAGGGGCCACCUGGGUCACCAGGAAGAGGCUAUGAUGGGCAACCUGGACCACCAGGGCCACCUGGACCUCCAGGACCCUUUAUAACUGGUUCCCACCGGGGCACACAGACUAUCAGUAUUCCUGGGCCACCGGGACCACCUGGAGUGCCUGGACUACCUGGAUCCUCCUCUGGGGUGACAGUGCUGAGGUCUUAUGAUACCAUGACAGCCACCGCUAGAAGACAACCUGAGGGCUCUCUGGUCUAUAUUUUAGACCAAACAGAUCUCUACUUACGGGUCCGAGAUGGAGUUCGUCAGGUCCAGCUCGGGGGCUACAUUGCUCUGCCCAGUGGCGAUGGUAAUGAGGUUGCAGCUGUGGAGCCCCCACCAGUCAUCCCCUUCACUCCAGACCACCACUCCAACCCUGACUCCCAAAGCCCACCUGACACUGAGUCACAGCCUGACAUGCAUCAUCAUACACACACUGACCCCCGAUACCCGUCAAACCCUGAUCCUAGAUACCCAACCCACCCGGAUCCCCGAUACCAUCCGGAUCCCCGAUACCACCCUGACCCUCGAUACCACCCUGACGCGCGGCAUCAGCCGGACCCACGAUACCCAGCACCAACAGAUCCGAGGUUUCCAAGUUACGCUGACCGACUAAACCAACCAGACGGUAGGUAUUCGGUCGAUACGGCCCAGGAACACCCUACAUACCCGGCUGCUCGCUACCCAGUCACCCCUCAGCGAAGACCACCUCCUCCUGUGCCCCAGACUCCAGUCCACCAUCACACUUCAGGUCCAGGGCUCCACCUAAUCGCUCUGAACAGCCCUCAGACUGGGUCCAUGAGGGGCAUCCGCGGUGCGGACUUCCUGUGCUUCACCCAGGCUCAGGCCAUCGGGAUGAAGGGAACUUUCCGGGCUUUCCUGUCCGCCAGACUCCAGGAUCUCCACAGCGUCGUCCGCAGGGCAGACAGAGACCAUUUGCCAAUACUCAACCUGAAGGAUGAGGUUCUGUUUGACAACUGGGACGCCAUCUUCAAUGAUGGGAGAAUGAAGGAUAACGUGCCGAUCUACUCCUUUGAUGGCAAGAAUGUUCUCAGUGACAGCACAUGGCCAGAGAAGAUGAUGUGGCACGGGUCGACCAGCACUGGUCAGCAGCAUGUCGAUGGCUUCUGCGAGACGUGGCGUGUGGGCGACCGGGCGCUCAACGGCAUGGCGUCGGCGCUGCAGAGCGGCAGUCUGCUCCAGCAGAGCUCCAGCAGCUGCUCCAGCUCCUACGCCGUGCUGUGCAUCGAGAACAGCCUCGGCCACUCUAAGAGAUAGAUACACACACACACACACACACACACACACACACACAUAAACACACACACAACACUGGACAAAGGAAAAUCUGAAAGCGGUCAGCCAGGCUUUUGUCCACACACACUCUUAUCUGUCUUUGCACUGUACGUGGUGCUUUGUAAAUAAUUUUUUUCUAAUUAAUAAUUAGUUUAUGUUUGUUAGCCCCUCUUAUAUGGUGCUAUACAGGAUUAUCCCACAUGUUGAACCUAAGUUAAGCUCAGGUGACCUACAGUAACACACACUGGCAGCCUUAAAAGCUGACUGUGUUUCAAAAGGUGCAGCUUCAUCAACACUUUUUGGUGUUUGUGACGUGUCAGCUAGUAUGUUGAUAUGACUAUUGAAAUUAGCAUGUUUGGUGCUAGCUAGCGAAGCCAUGUUUUUAUUUCUGAUUCCUGCUUUGACCCCAGAACAGUGGAGGUGAAUUGACUUGUCUGUGGUUUUCACAGCACUGAAAAUUCAAUUUAUAGAAUUUACCAGCGACUUUCUUUUUCAGAAACAGUGUCCUGAUUAAUCUGGAUAAUUGACAGGGUCCAUAGGGACUAUUUGUUGGGUAGAAAGGUAGUUCCAAACCCAUCAACAGUGUGGUGGAUCGAUUAUCCAAAGUAACAAGGACACAGCUCUUAUUUAUAACCAAAACAUUCAAAUCACAAACUAAGCUUCAGUAUUUCUGCAAAAUAAAUACCCAGCAGCUUUUUAAAAAGGUUUAACAAGACUAAUUUGAAGGUAUUUCUGGACUCCUCACCAUCUGGAUGAAAUAAUGUUCAGUUUGAUGCACAAUAAAAAGGAUUUUUAAUUUCCUACUCCUUUCAAAUCAAAGAUGAAACUAAACAAAGAUGGCAGCCUGAAAUUACAAAAGUAACUAGUUUUAUUAUCAGUUAUAUUUGUCUCAACUGAUUUCUACAUUUUCAGACAGAAAAACACACAUUUUUGUAUUGAUCAAAAAGAGCAAAGCUUCCUAGAUGGAAGAAGCAAAGGAGUCUUUGAGGAUUUUGGACAUUUUCUUUUCUAAACGACCUUCUGGGUGUCUUAAAGGUCUUUGGGUGUUUAUUUUUAAGAAAGGUUUAUACUAUGAGUGUAAUAUAAUGGUAAUAUCUCAGAGAGGGGAUACUCCACUGAAUGAUGUCUUAACUACACAUACACAUUUCAUGUUUACUGCCUGCGUUUAACCAAAAAACUGUGUCAUGAAAAUAUUAACAUGCGAAAUUUACAGCUCAAGUACCUGAAAAUCAGUGUUAAAAAUCAUUUCAGCAAGGUUUCCUGUGGCUUAAAUAUGACAUUUACUUUGAUAUUCAGUAUUUGCUGCAGGGGAAUAUGGAACGAUUGUUUAUCUCUUCAAACAGUGCAGUCAUCAACACAUUUCAGCGUCCAACAGUGAGAUAAACAUUGUAUAUGAUAUUGUGUUGUUGUUCUUAAUUUCUUUUCUCUGUAACCCACGGCACUUGAGUAAUAACCCUUUCAUUUGUUUUACAUGGGAAGAUAUUUUUAGCAAUAACAAAGGGAUAUUUAUUUUUUAUAAACUGUGCUCUUUCUAGUUCAACUACAAUGUGUGAUGUGAAUGCUCUCACAGAGAAUAAUAACAUUUCCAAAUAUAUCCAGAAAAUGUGCAAAAACAAACAAAGAUGUUGAAUAUGUGUUGUUGUGAUCCUGAAAAAAAAUCAGGGAGAAGUUUCCCACUGAUAUAAAGUUUGUGCACAUAGUAAGCAAACAAAUAAAAUUAAUGUACAGAUAUCCGGAAAGGAUUCAGCCAUAAAUGUUUAUGCACUGUAGCUUGUUAAUUAUUCAGCUUCUUAUAUGAGAGCAGUACAGUAAAUGCACUGCAGCUAGCUCCUUGGCGUCUCCACUUCGUCAGUUUCUGGAGGCUAGAAAGAUAUUUUCAUGUACUAACUGAGUCAUAACUAAUGCAGUAAAACGUGUAUUAACCCCUGCAGAUUGUAAUCUGUCUGUAUUUUGUUAUGUGAGCAACAUUUCUCAAAUGCUGCAGCUCAUUGAAUAAAUCUGUGUGGAAAUUUUGA